AUGUUCGGUUUCCCAGCGGGCGCUCCAGAUAUCCUACGAACCCCACGGAACCAUUUACUUAUCCCGAAGCCACUGGACCUUGCCCUGGAACUCGGCUUCAUCGCGAUAGUUCCUGAUGAGGACAUCGCUGACCUCUCGCGUCAGGACUACAAGGUCGUUGUCCUAAUUAACGUCUCGAACAACGAUUCAACUUUUGCCUGGACAGACGAGCACGACAGAGACCAGCCGCUCGGCAAGUUGCAUAACCGUCCACUGAAAUUUUUAAACGACCGCCGUCCUGAUAUUAUAUACUUGUGGUGGCUAUACCUGCGUGCCGUGUCCAUCAGGGUGAGAUACAAUUUCAAAAAAUUCCACCGGCCGGCGUGCGUCGACUGGCCAUCACCAGGGAAGUUCAUGCCGCGAGCGAUUCUCAGGGGCUUUGUGAAAAUGCUUGAGUUGGAUAACUUCGGUGCAAACAAUGGUUGGUGGAUCAUGAACAAAGCCAUCGAACCAUUGGAGAACCAAGACAGUGUGAUGAUCGAGUGUCUCGGUGUCGAGGUCAUGGAUCGCACGAUGCCCGAGUUUGAGCGCCUCGAGAAAAUCCACGACGCUAUCGAAGAAGCCAGGACCCAGACCGAUCGCAUGACUCUUUUGGAUAGAUCCAAAUCGACCGGGACCAUGGGAGAGGUGAUUGCGGAAUUGGGCGAAGAAGACUUGCAGGGGAAGAAGGACAAAGCUGCAUUGUCGGAAAAGUCACCGAAACCUGCCAGAAAACAUUCAGUGAAGAAGUUGCAAUCGCCGGCGAAGCGCCAAGCACUGAACCGAGCCCUGAAGACUGAAGAUGAUAGUAGUCCCCUGACUAUGUCAGCACCUGAGGGCGCACUCGAACUCUCGGCAUUGAGCCGAGUGCCCCAGACGGCAACUAAAGCCCUGUUUCACAAUAAUGAGUUUGGCCCGCAAGCCACCUUCCAACAUGAUGGCGCCCAGGGCAGUAAUAUUCAGGACAACAGGAUCCAGGAUUUCGACAUCCAGGGUCAUGUCACCUACAAUGACGUCAAACAGGAGAGCAGCGCCCAAGACGAUGGCGGUAGUGGAUGGGUGAACCCAGCCCCUGUCAACACAAGGGAUCUCGUUGACCCUAGGGUGAAAGCCUGGGCCGACGACCGAGCGGCCGCUUAUGCAGAAGGGGCAAUUGGGGAGGAAGAGGAAGGGGAAGAAGGGGACCAACAACUAUUCCGUGUUGUGGAUCCAGAUGAACACUUCGUUGGAGUUGAGUCCAGCACAGAAACCUCGAGCCAAGCCAGUACAAAUCCCAUGCAAGCUAUCUUCCCCUCAAUACUGUAG